AUGAAUUUAUUAGAUGAUUUAGAAAAUAAUGGAACUCAAUAAAUGGAUUUACUUAAUUUUGAGUAUGAUUCCUAUAAUCAAUUAAUAGUCAUUAAUCUAAUAUGAUACCAAAUGUAGAUUUUUAUAAUGCAAUUGUGAUUAAUGAAUUUAUGAAUAAUCGUAUUGUAGAAGUCAAAGAUGGUGAAGUAGUAAAGGAAGGAUAUAUAACUAAAUAUAAAUUAUAUCUAGUAAGAACAAAAAAAUAAGGAGGGGAUUGGGAAACUGAAGUAUCAAGAAGAUUUAGUGAUUUUGAAUGGUUAUACUAAGAAAUGAUUAAUAAAUAUGGAGGAUACAUAAUUCCUGCUAUUCCUGAAAAGCAUUUACUUACUAAAGUUAACUUAGCUAGUUAUGAAGUAUCAUUUUGUGAUUUAAAAUUUAAACAAAUAGUUUUCUGAAAAGAGAAGGAAAGACCUUUAAUAAUUUCUAUAAAGAAUACUUAAUCAUCAUCAUUUAAGAUAUGUUCCAGAAUUAAGAAUUUUUAUUGAAGAUAAAGAAAAAGUACUAUUAAAAAAAUGAUUUAUUAGUUUAUUUCUCUUUUGAAAGGGGAAUUAGAAUAAAAUAAAACAAUUGAAUAAAAAUAUGAUAAUCUUUUACAAUCAGUUAAAAGUUUAUGGCAUAGUAGUACAAUGACAACGAAAGGAUAAGAUCCAACAAGAAUGUUUGAUGGAGGUGAAAAAGAUUUAACAUAUGAUGAAACACUUCUUUUAUCUUUGUCUAUGAAAGGUAGCAAAUUAAAAACUGUUGUUGAGGAACAUAUAAUUACAUUAAGAGAGGAAGCUAAAACAUUAAAUGAUUAAAAUGAAUCUCUCUAUUCUUGGAGUAAUAUAGAAAUAAUAUAAUUAUUAGAUGGUUUAGGAUCUGCAAGUGAAGAAGAUAUUUCAUAAUUUAAAUAAUUGAAGUAUAACAAUGAAAUCAGACAAAGAAAAAUUAAUAGAGAAAUUGAAGAUAUUGAUAGAAAAUUUCUGCAUAAAUUAUAAUAUAGUUUAUUUGAAAUAGAAUGGGCAUUGACUGCUUGUAAAAGAAGGAGAAAUUUAUAAUAACAAUUAUUGAUAGAUCAAUAAAGAAUAGAUCAACUUAAAAUGUAAUAUACAGAUAAUUCAAGCAGAGUAUUUAUUACAAUAAUUCAUAGAGAGAUUUAGAAAUGGAUGUAUUAAAAACUAAAUAUUAAAAAAAUAAAGACAGAAGUGAUAAAAUGUCCAUUAUUAUGUAAGAUGAAUUAUUGAGUUUCAUUUCAGAAAUGAAAUAAUAAUUAAAAUCCAUCCUUGAAGAAUGGAGAUCUAUUAUGAAAACAUUAUCAAAGAAUAUUAUUGAAGAUGAAAAUGAAUGA